AAGACCUUUGGUUUACAUACCUAGAAUGUCAAAACUCAAGAGCGUAUCAAAAGAUGAGAUGCAAUAAUGAACGGUGGUAUACCCCCCUGUCGCCCACCCGCACCCGCGCAUCCCACUACGUCAUCGCCCAAUCCGGCUCCCAUUUCAACACCAUGCUGGACAUCAUCAGACCGCAGCCUACCCUCCCUUCCGCAACACAUUCCCAACCAGCCAGAAAGAUGCGCCAGCAGUCCACUUCAUGAAAAGAGCACAUUGACAAUCGAAAAAGCCAUGUCCAUACUCACCUCGCCCCUAACCGCCCUGCCACUGGCGCCACUCCUCGUCCUCCCCUUCCUCUCCUCCUGGUCCACCUCCCUCAACCUCCUCUUCUUCUCCCUCACCUGGACCACCAUCGCCGCCACCUACUCUCCCCUCCAACUCGAAGCCUUCGGGCCCUUCGUUGUGCGCGUACUGCUUUAUCUCCUCCCCUCCGCCCUAUUCCUCUUGUUUGACCUCGGCGUUCCCAGUCUAGCCGCGCAGGUGAAGUCGCAGGGGGAGCAUGCGCUACCAGUCCGGGCGGCCGGGGGAAAGAAGAAGGUCUGGCGGAUUGUGGGGUGGAGUGUCUUUAAUGUGGCGUUGGGGUUAGCGCUGCAGGCGGGGUUGGAAUGGCUCGUCACGGAUGUGCUGCAUUUCAGGAGCUUGCUGAAAAUCAAGGGGAGUAAGUGGAGUCUGAACCACCUGCCGAAUCCGUGGAGUAUGGUCCAGCAUGCUGUGCUCGGGUUGGUUGCGCGGAAUGUUCUCCAAUACUACAUCCACCUCUACCUCCUGCACUCGGCCGACGGCGGCAUUCUAUCCACAUGGCACGAGACGUGGCAGCACAGCGUGCGCAUUCCCUUCUCCUUUGUCGCCGCCUACGACCAUCCCGUGUGCUAUCUCCUGCAUCGCUUCUUACCCUUGUACCUGCCUGCCAUUGCCUUCCGCUUCCACAUCCUGACCUACAUUUUUCUCGUCGCCGCCUUCUCGCUCGAAGAGCUGUUCAUAUACUCGGGCUACAGCGUGCUACCGUCCACCAUCAUGUUGCGCGGAAUGGCGCGCAGGACCGAGGCCCACUUCAUGAGUGGAGCAGAGGGGAAUUUCGGCCCACUGGGAGUGCUGGACUGGGUGCAUGGAACGACCCUGGGGAAAGAUGUCAUGGACGAUUUGAAAGCUGAGAUGGACAAACAUGACGUCCAGGAACGGGCGGGAAAAGCCAUUGAUGAUGCUGGGGAUGCUGCCAAUGGGGUGGCGGCAAAGAUGAAGAGGAGGGCUCGUAAAAGGAGAGGAUAGGAUAUGUCGAAUGGCUGAAGGGCGCGAUUUGUUGCCUCCGGUAUUAUGCUCUGGUCAGUUCGGAAUUGGUUCAACUUUGGCGGACGCUGCUGCGCGGCAGGUUAUGGCUGUGUUGCUUGAUUCGCAGAUACCCUUCUCUUGCUCGCUGAAAAUAUUUUCGGUUUCUGUUAUCGUUCUGUAAUGGUUAUAAUUCGACGGUAAACCUAGUCAGUUGGAAUCCACCCAAUAUCAUCGCUUGUCUGUGGG